AUGGUUCAGGCCAAGAGCGAAAUGGCUUCAGUAGCCAUCACGGGACUUGCGUGCCGAAUGCCCGGUGCUGGCCGCAACCUAGAGAGCUUCUGGGAUUCCAUCUGCAAUGGCGAAUCCGCCUGGUCUCCAAUCCCUCCCGACCGGUUCCGCGCCGACGCCUUUGCCGGUAACAUGGCAAAAGGGGGUCACUUUCUCCAGGAAGACAUCUCACUCUUUGACGCAAAAUUCUUCAAUGUCUCCCGCGAUGAGGCCAGCGCAAUGGACCCCCAACAGAGGCUCAUGCUGGAAGUCGUGUACGAGGCGCUCGAAGCGGCGGGUCAUCCCCUGAGUGAGAUUGCUGGCACCAAAACAGGCGUCUUCAUGGGUCAGUUUACCGACGACUACCGGGAACUGGUCAACCGCGACCCAGAAACGUCGCUCCCAUAUUCCAUGACGGGCUUGCAACGCACGUCUCUUUCCAACAGGAUCUCAUGGCUGUUCGACCUUAAAGGGCCGAGUUUCACGGUAGCCACCGCGUGUUCCUCCAGUUUGGUCGCGCUACACCUCGCCUGUGAGAGUCUGCGGAGCGGGGAGACGGAUAUGGCGAUUGUGGGCGGCUGCAACCUGAUGAUCAGCCCGAGCAUGUUCAUAUUCCAGAGCGGCCAGGGGUUCCUGUCGCCUGACGGAAAGUGCAAGACGUUCGACGCAUCGGCGGACGGUUACGGACGAGGCGAAGGAUUCGCCGUCGUUGUGCUUAAGCGUGUCGACGACGCCAUCCACAACGGAGACCCGAUUCGGGCGGUCGUCCGCGGGUCUGGUUCGAACCAAGACGGCCACACCAAGGGGUUCACGCUUCCGAGUGCUGACGCCCAGGCGUCGUUGAUACAAGACGUCUAUGACCGUGCCGGUCUUGAUUACAGCCAGACCAGCUACGUCGAAGCACAUGGAACGGGAACCAAAGCUGGUGACUUGGAGGAAACAACAGCCCUGUCCAGGACCAUUGCCUCUGGUCGCACCAACGGUAAAAAGCUUGUCGUCGGCUCGGUCAAAUCCAAUAUCGGCCAUCUUGAGGCUGGCGCUGGCCUUGCCGCUGUGGUGAAGAGCGUCUUGAUGCUAGAAAAGGGGGUCAUCCCGCCGAACAUCAACCUCACAACCCCGAAUCCGGCCCUGAAGCUGGACGAGUGGAACCUACAGGUUCCCCGUGCGGUUAUGCCGUGGCCUACGAACGGCCCUCGCCGUAUUAGUGUCAAUUCUUUUGGAUACGGCGGCACCAACGCGCAUGCCAUUUUAGAUGACGCCCGGAGCUACCUCGCCGAGAGGGGUGGUAAAACUCUCUCCCAAGUUGGGCACACGAAUGGUGUCAACGACACGCCCAUCGACUUCGUACCACAGCCCCUCCGCCCCCUCCUCUUCACUAUCAGCGCCCAAGACAAAGCGGGCAUCGCCCGCGUCAUCGACGCUCUCAAGACGUACCUCACCAAGCAACCUAACCCAACCACCGAAUCCGACCAAGCCCACCUCCACGCCCUCGCCACCACCCUCAACACGCGCCGCACCCACCACCAAUGGAAAACCUACACCCUCGCCACCACCCUCCCCUCCCUCCUCACCACCCUCUCCCCAUCCACCCCCUCAUCCACACCCACCCCCACCCCUACCCUAAUCCCACAACCAACCCUCUCCUCCCGCCCCCCAACUCUCACAUUCAUCUUCACCGGCCAAGGCGCGCAGUACGCCGCCAUGGGCCAGGCCCUCUUCCUCAGCAACACCGCCUUCCGCGCCAGCAUCUGCGCUGCCGACGCAUACCUGCGCGACACACUGGGGUGUGGCACGUGGUCGGUGGUGGAGGAGCUGGCGCGUCCGAAAUCGACGUCCCGGCUGCGCACGGCAAGGUUGGCGCAGCCGUUGUGUACGGUGCUGCAGGUGGGGUUGGUGGAUAUGUUGUGGUGGGGGUUGAAGCCCGCGGCGGUGGUGGGCCAUUCGAGUGGGGAGAUGGCGGCGGCGUAUUGUGCGGGCGCGUUGACGCGAGAAGAGGCCUGGCGCGUGGCGUAUUAUAGGGGGGUGGCGGCCGCGAGGUUGGGGGAGAUGGAGGGGGUGGUGGAGGGGGCGAUGAUGGCUGUUGGGGCUGGGCCGGCGGAGGUUGGUGGGUGGAUUCGGGAGGGCGGGUUCGCUGGGAAGGUGUGGGUGGCGUGUGAGAAUGCGCCGGCGAGUGUGACGGUGUCGGGGGAUGCGGAUGCCGUGGAGAGGUUGGAGGAGGUGUUGAAAAAGAGGGGAGUGUUCGCUAGGCGGCUGAGGGUCGAUGUCGCGUACCACUCGCCGCAUAUGCAGGCCGUCGCGAGGGAGUAUCUCGAGGCAAUUGCCGAUGUGGGCAAGGGGGGUGGUAAAGGGAAAGCCAAGCGCGGGUUCGAGUCCGGGUGCGUCAUGUACUCCAGCGUCACGGGUCAGAAAGUCGGCGAUCCGAGCGAGCUAGGCCCGGCGUACUGGGUCAGGAACCUCAUCUCGCCCGUCAAGUUCUCGACUGCGGUGCAGCGGAUGGCGGCCAGGAAGGGUGCUGCCGGUGGCGACGCCCCCGAUGUCUUCGUCGAGAUUGGUCCGCAUCCCGCGCUGCAGGGCCCGACGUCCCAGAACCUGCAAGCCGUGGGCAUCACGGAUGUUCAGUACUACUCGGCACUCAAGCGCGACAGAGACGGGCAAGAAACUGCCCUGGAGCUGGCAGGGAGCUUGUUCGCGAGGGGAUACCCCCUGAACUUCCGUGCGGUCAACCAGACCCCGGAACGGACCCGAACAUUGGUCGACCUUCCCGCAUACCCGUGGGACCAUUCCCGCGGCCACUGGGCCGAGUCUCGAGUGGCGAAGGAGUACAGGCUCCGCGAGCCCCUGCCCGGCAGCCUACUUGGGGCUACCUCCCCGGCCCUCGUCGCCGGCGAGCAUGUGUGGAGGGGACAUCUCAACCUGGCGAAGGAGCCCUGGAUAGCAGACCACAAGAUCCACGACACCGUUCUGUUUCCGGCGGCGGGCUUCAUCGCCAUGGCCGCCGAAGCUGCCCUGUUCACUGCUGAUACUGGCCGGGAGAUAUCCAAAUUCCGCCUCCGAGACAUCCACAUGACCACACCGUUGGUCCUGGGAGAGGCUUCGUCGGUUGAAUACUCCGUAUGCCUCCGGCCUCACCUCACUGCCAAUAAGGCGACGUCGUCCGAGUGGACCGAGUUCUCGAUUUCGAGCUCGCCAGACGGCAAGGCUCUCGAGAGGAACUGUAUCGGCUUGAUCUCGCUAGAGUACCGCUCCGAAAAGCAACAAGGCUCCCAGACGGACAGCACAGAGACGGCCGACGCCCAUCAAAAGGCGUGGGAGAGCCGCUUACAGAAGGCUUCCGAACUGUGCAAAUCCCCCGUAAAGGUCGACCACUUCUAUCAACGCAUGGCUUCCGCUGGGCUGCAAUACGGUCCGGCGUUCAAGAACCUGACCGCUGCCCGAACAACACCUACGCAGAGCUACGGCUCUGUCAGCGUCCCUGAGAUUGGGCUGGGUACUGGGUCCCAAAAGCCGCUAGUCGUUCACCCAGCAACUCUCGACGCCGUCCUUCACCUGGCGUUCACUGCUUUCGGGCAUGGCUCCAACCAGGCCAUCAAGGCGAUGGUGCCAAAGUCUAUCGACGAAGUUGUCAUAUCCACGGAUUUCCCCAACGAGCCCAAGGCCCAGAUCAGCGGUUACUCGACUGUCUCGAGGCAUGGGCACAGUGAGAUCCUCGCCGACAUGACUAUGCAGGAGGACGUGAGAGGGCAACCCGUCCUCAAAAUAACUGGCUUGUGCUGCGCUGAGCUGGCGGGUGCUCGUACGGACGAGAGCGCAGCUCAAGCGGCGAGAAGCAUCUGCAGCAAGCUGGUUUGGCGGCCAGCUCUGGAUUUGUUGACGAUGGAGGAGCUGAAGAAUUACCUCAAGUCGGCCGUUAGUUACUGCUCUUCCGCCCAACUGAGAGGACCAGGAAUGCUUACAAUUUGCCAGGUAAUUAAACUCAUCCAUCACAACAAGCCCGAAGCGUCCAUUACCGAGCUCGUCAAUUCGGGCAGCUCGGAGCCUCUUCUCUCAACUCUUGACGUUUCCGAUGCUUUGCAAACCGCAAGCUAUACCGUCUACGUUCCCGACGAAGCCACAAAACAGGCCGUGGAAGAACACGCCCAACCGCCGUCCGACGUGGACAUCGUGGUAUGGGACCCAGCUCAGGCACUCUCCGAAGUGGGCGGAUCCGGUACAUUCGACCUGGCCAUCAUCCCUACAGUCCCCAGCCAAACCCAGGAUGAGUCUCAAGCUGUGUCCGCCGUCGAAGACGCUGCUAAGCUGCUAGGGAGCAACGGCCGGCUGUGUGUUAUCGCGCUUGCUGAGCAGGCCAACGAGAUUGAAGCACGCGGUCGGGCAGCUGGCGUUCAAGACUGGCUCAGGUUGGAUGGUGUGGACCCGGACAAUCGGUUUGUCGCGUUACUUGGCCAUCGCAGGCCCGAGACAACCCCAAACGGUGUCGGUGGCCACCCUGAGGUGGUAAUUCUCCAGUCCCCGGACCCGUCGGCCGCGGCAGCGGACCUCGCCAGUUCUCUGGUGGCUGAGUUGACAUCCACCGGCUAUCCUGCUUCUUUGCACACCUGGGGCGCCUGUGAUACUGCUGCUAUUGAGGGCAAGGCGUGUAUCUCGCUUGUGGAAGUUGACCGUCCGGUCCUGCGGCAGCUCACCGAAGACCACUUCACCUUCAUCAAGGGCCUGAUCCUGGGGGCGCAGAAGGUGCUCUGGGUCGGGGCUUUCCCAGAGACAGACCCCAACAGCGCGAUAGUGACGGGUCUAGCGCGCGUCGUGCGCAGUGAGGAGCCGGGAAUCGUAUUCCACACGCUGCAGCUCAGUCUUCCCAGCAAGGGAGCGGGUGCGGAUACAUUACCUGGCUUGGUUCUCCGCGCUUUCCAAACCCCUGGCGGAGAGAACGAAUUCAGAGUCAACAACGGCACCAUCGAAAUUAGCAGGGUCGUCGAGGACGGUGAGCUGAAUGCGGACCUGCUCGAGAGCCUCGGUGUGGCCAGGGCAGAGACGGCGACGGUGAAGCAAGUCCCGCUGGAGGAGGCCGGCACGCCCCUCAAACUCAGCGUCCGCAACGCGGGGCUUCUAGACACGCUCUGCUUUGAACCCGACACACUCCCAGACACGCCACUAGGCGACGACGAAGUCGAAAUCGAAGUCAAGGCCACCUCGCUCAACUUCCGCGACGUCAUGACCGCCAUGGGCCAGCUCCCGACCACCGAACUCGGCUUCGACGCCGCCGGCACUAUCCUCCGCACCGGCCGCUCCGCAUCCCGCCUCUUCCACCGCGGCGACCGCGUCGCCAUGUGCAUGCCGGGCGCGCACCGCACCCUCCACCGCGCCCACGCCUCCCUCGUCCACCCCAUCCCACCCACCCUCUCCUUCGCCGACGCCGCCACCCUGCCCCUCGCGCACGGCACGGCGUGGUAUGCGCUGGUGUACCUGGCGCGCGCGCGCGCAGGGCAGAGCGUGCUGAUCCAUGGGGCCGCGGGCGGGGUCGGGCAGGCGGCGCUGCAGGUGGCGCGGCAGCUGGGGCUGGAGUGUUAUGUGACGGUGGGGUCGGAGGUGAAGAGGAGGUUGGUGAGGGAGGGGUAUGGGGUGGGGGAGGAGAGGAUCUUUAGUUCGAGGGAUAGUGGGGAGUUUGGGAGGGGGGUGAUGAGGGCUACGGGGGGGAGGGGUGUGGAUGUGGUGUUGAAUUCGUUGCCGGGGGAGGCGUUGCGGCAGUCGUGGUAUUGUGUGGCGCCGGGGGGGACGUUUGUGGAGAUUGGGGUGAGGGAUAUUAUGGAUAAUGGGAGGCUGGAGAUGAAGCCGUUUUUGAGGGAGGCGACGUUUACUUUUUUUGAUUUGAGGAAGGUGAUGUUGGAGAGGCCGGCGCUGAUGGGGGAGAUUCUGAAGGGGGUGUUUGGGUUGCUGCGGGAGGGGGCUGUUACGCCGGUCAGUCCCAUGGAGGUGUUCCCGGCGGGGGAGGUCGAGGGCGCGUUCCGUCUGAUGCAGUCCGGUCAGCAUGUGGGCAAGAUCGUGUUGUCGUUCGAGGACGGCAAGCAGACGGUGCCGGUGUGGCGGUCGUUGUCGCCUCCCAAGACGGUGGUGCAGCUCGACCCCGACGCGGCGUACCUCCUUGCUGGUGGGCUGGGCGGGCUGGGUCGCAGCCUGUCGGGGAUGCUCGUUGAUCGCGGAGCUCGCAAGCUAUGCUUCCUUUCCCGUUCUUCCAGUGCCGCCGAACGCCCGACAGCCCGCGAGCUAGUCCGGCAAUUGGAGGACCGCGGAGUACGGGUGGUCGUACUGCCCUGCGACGUCGCCGACGCAGACGCAGUCCGACAGGCUGUUGAGCAGUGUUCCGCGCAGCUCGGAAGGGUCGCGGGCGUCAUCCAGUGCGCCAUGGUCCUGCGGGACGGGCUCUUCCGCAACAUGACAUACACCGACUGGACCGAGUCGACGCGGCCCAAGAUCCACGGCACGUGGAACCUGCACGCCGCGCUGCCAGACGUCGACUUCUUCAUCAGCCUGGCCUCAUUCACCGCCAUCUUCGGCAGCAGGGGCGUAGCCAACUACGCGGCCGGCAGCACGUACCAGGACGCCGUGGCGCACUUCCGCCGCGGGCAGGGCAAGCACGCCGCCACGGUCGACGUCAGCAUCGUCAAGGACGCGGGCGUCCUGGCCGAGACGGGCAUGACGCAGGGGCUGAAGGACCUCGCGGGCCCCUACGGCCUCGACCAGCACGAGGUGGCCGAGCUGGUGUGGCUCGCCAUCUCGGGAGACGUGGCGGGCCAGGGCUCGCCCCAGAUCGUCACCGGCAUCGCGACGGGCGGCAGCGUGGUCGCGGGUGGCUUCGAGGCCCCCUGGUACCUGGACGACCCCAAGUUCGCCAUCAUGGCCCGGACGGGGCUCAAGGGCCACAGCAAGACUUCGACGGCCAGCAACGUGGACGACGUGCAAGGCCAGCUGUCCCGGGCGAAGACGCUGGAGGAAGCGAGCCGGGUGGUGAUGGAAGCGCUAGUCGAUCGCGUGGCCAAGAUGCUGCAGACGACAGCGGGCGAGAUCGACACGGACAGGUAUCUGCAUUCGUACGGCAUCGACUCGCUCGUGGCCAUCGAGACGGUGAACUGGGCGCUCAAGGUGUGUGCUGCCCAGGUGACCGUCUUCGAUAUCAUGGCUGCCGUCCCCAUCGCGGCCACAGCGAGGAAGAUUGCGAUCAACUCGUCGGCCACGCCCAAGGAGGUUCUCGAGGCGGCUGACUAG